AAAGACUGGCAGAGGGUGAGAAGUGCCUUUCAGAAGAAAUUAAUGAAACCCAGGGAAGUUGCGAAACUGGACACCACAAUCAAUGAGGUCCUGGAGGACUUCAUGCACAGAAUAGAUGAUAUUUGUAACGACAAAGGACAAAUAGAGGAUGUCUAUUCAGAAUUCAACAAAUGGUCAUUUGAAAGUAUCUGCCUGGUGCUGUAUGGAAAGAGGUUUGGUCUCCUACAGCAGGAUGUAGAAGAAGAAAGUUUGAACUUCAUCAAAGCUGUAAAAACGAUGAUGGCUACUUUUGGAAUGAUGAUGGUGACCCCUGUGGAACUUCACAAGGGUCUGAACACAAAAGUCUGGCAAGCUCAUACUAAAGCAUGGGAUGAUAUAUUCAAAACAGCCAAGCACUCAAUUGACUGUCGGCUGGAAAAACACUCUGCAAACCCUCAGGAGGAUUUCCUGUGUGACAUCUAUUCUGGAGGACAACUUUCCAAGAAGGAGCUGUACGCUGCCAUUGCCGAGCUCCAGAUUGCUGGAGUUGAAACGACAGCCAAUAGUUUACUGUGGGCUUUGUAUAACAUUUCACGCAAUCCACAUGUUCAGCAGAAGCUUUUCCAGGAAAUACAGAGUGGUUUGGCUGCUAAUGAGAGUCCAAGUGCUGAGAAUUUGAAGAAUAUGCCUUACCUAAAAGCAUGUCUGAAAGAAUCCAUGAGAUUAACACCCUCGGUGCCAUUUACCACUCGCACCAUCGACACAGAAAUGGUUCUGGGAGAUUAUGUACUGCCCAAAGGGACUGUACUAAUGAUAAAUAGUUAUGCCCUGGGUUGCAAUGAAGAAUACUUUAAUGGCUGGACUCAGUUUAGACCAGAGCGCUGGUUUCAGAAGAACUUAAUAAAUCCUUUUUCUCAUGUUCCAUUUGGCAUUGGGAAGAGGAUGUGCAUUGGGCGCCGCUUAGCAGAGCUACAGCUUCACUUGGCCGUUUGCUGGCUCAUUCGCAAAUACCAAAUUGUAGCGACUGACAACAAACCAGUAGAAACACUCCAUUCAGGAACACUGAUUCCCAGCCGGGAGCUUCCCAUUGCAUUUCACAGACGGUAA